AUGCGGGCGGCGGGGCUGCGGGGCUGUGUGUGAGCGCGCCGCCCAUGUGGGUGUCCCGGUGAGGCCGGGGGCAGCGGGAAGAUGCUGCUGUCGCUGGUGCUGCACACCUACUCCAUGCGCUACGUGCUGCCCGCCGCCGUCAUGAUGGGCACGGCGCCCACCUACAUGCUGGCCUGGGGCGCCUGGCGCUUGCUCUCCGCCGUGCUGCCCGCCCGCUUCUACCGCGAGGUGGAUGACCGGCUGUACACCAUCUACCAGAGCAUGGUUCUCUUCUUCUUCGAGAACUACACGGGCGUGCAGGUAAUUAUCUACGGGGAUUUGCCAAAAAAUAAAGAAAAUGUAAUAUAUUUAUCAAAUCAUCAGUGUACAGUUGACUGGAUUAUCGCGGACAUGCUGGCAAUCAGGCAGAACGCGCUCGGGCACGUCCGCUACGUCCUGAAGGAUGGCUUAAAAUGGCUUCCACUCUACGGGUGGUACUUUUCACAGCAUGGAGGAGUCUAUGUAAAAAGAAGUGCCAAAUUCAAUGAGAAGGAAAUGAGAGAGAAGUUGCAGGCCCAGAUGAAAGCUGAGACUCCAAUGUAUUUAGUGAUUUUUCCAGAGGGGACUCGUUACAAUCCAGAAAUACCAAAAGUCAUUGCAGAUAGUCAAUCAUUUGCUGAAAAGGAAGGACUUGCUAUAUUAAAGCAUGUGCUGACUCCACGGGUGAAGGCGACUCAUGUAGCCAUUGACUCCAUGAAAGAAUAUCUGGAUGCAGUGUAUGAUGUGACUGUGGCUUAUGAAGGUACUGUGGACCACAAAGGGCAAAGAAAACUGGCACCAUCUAUGACAGAGUUUCUUUGUAAGGAAUGCCCAAGAGUUCAUAUUUUCAUUGACCGAAUUGAUCUGAAGGACAUUCCAGAAGAGCAGAUGUAUAUGAGGAGGUGGCUUCAUGAGCGUUUUGAAAUAAAGGAUAAGUUACUAAUAGAAUUUUAUGAUGCAAAGGAUUCUAAAAGAAGAAAUAAGUUCCCUGGGAAAAGUGUUCAUUCCAAACUAAGCCUCAAGAAAACUUUGCCAUCUUUGCUGUUUUUAGGUGGCCUGACUGCUAGUAUGCUUCUGACAGAAUCAGGAAGGAAACUAUAUGUAAAAACAUGGAUAUAUGGAACUUUAAUUGGCUGCCUGUGGGUUAGCAUUAAACCAUAAGCAGAUGUUAGUCUCCAAUCAGUGAAAUGUGCAGUCUUUUCUUGCACAUUACACCAAAUUUUUUCCUGACUUUAUAGAAAAAAAGUGUAAAUAAAGCCUUAUUGAUCGAAUAUUGGAAAUAAUAGAUUUUGUGACUUAAGCCUCUGUGUGGUUGGUCUGGGGAAAAUAAAUGUAGAUUUUCAAAUUUGCUACUGAUUUUUGCUGGAAUAAUGACAGAUAAACCGAGUCAUAUGAUAAAUUGCUUUCCCCGUGAGCUAACAUCUAUCUCCCUCUGCAGAUUUGAAAAAGUAUGAGUUAUGCAUAAGGGUGUCUUAUGUGGACCUGUGAAUGUAUUUACAGAGAUUAAUUUAGGGUAUAUAUUUAUUCUUCUGAUAUUCAUGUUGAAUUUUUGUUACUCUUUGGUGCAUUACAGCAGCUCAGUUGCAUCUAUCCCAGCUGUAUCGCAACUAAAAUCAAAAUUUUCCUUUUUUUCCUUAAUUUUACUCUUCAGUUUUCACUAAAUACUGUGUUCUUUAAAAGGGACUGUGUAAGCUGGCAAAUCAUGAGAUGUUACCAGAAGCAGCAUAAAAUGUUCCUGAGAACUACUGUUCAUGGGGAAGAAGCUCUGUUUAUCUAGUGCAUGACUUUUGAUUAUAUUGCAGUAUUAGGUGAUUAUUUUACAUAUGCAAAAACAUUAAAUGGUACCGAGCAAACAGCUUCUUUUGCGCACCUCACGUUUGUGCAUAAGGAAUGUGUGCAGUGUAAGGAAAUGUGAAGUUUUUGUUUCUGGCCAGAACCCCUGUAGCCUCCCUUGUGUCUGCAUUACCCCUCUCACCACGAGCAUUCAGCUGAGCUCACACUCCUCCUCCACGUGUAUGUGCCAUAAGCAGAAGUUUCCCGUUACCUCACGAUUUUCUGGAAGCAAACCUUGUUGUUUGAGAAGUGCAUGGAAUCACUGUAACGAGGAACCUCCAGGUGUUCCUGGUAAAUCUGGAGCGUGUGUGCCUUUCCCACUGACCUGAUCUAGCCUGGUGUUCCAUAGGCUAGCAGUCCUCUCUGUGCUGUAGUAUCCCACUAGAUUUGAGUCAUUCUAGGCCAUGCAGACUGCACUUAGGUUGAAAUUAUGGGGUUGAUAUAUAUGGUUUGCACAGUAGAUAAUAAUCAAUGAAAUGCAUAUCUUAUCAGUAUUUCACCUGCUUGAAAAUAUACUUUAAAAAGCAAAAUCAACAAACUCUAUGAAAGUCUGAGAUUCCCAAGGCUGGUAUCAUUGUUGGGGAAAGCCAUUUCCUGAUUCUAGGGAAUAGUCUAUAUAUACACCAAUGGGGUAGGAAAGAAGAUGUAUUUUAUCUUCUUCCAUUAGGGAAUUGGACUCCUGUAUCAAAAUUUAAAAACUAGAGAAUAUUUUUAUAUCACACUUGCAAGCUUUAAAUGUGCAUCUUUUUCUAGCUUCAGUAUGAUUUGUCUUGCUUUGUUAAACAUCUCUUAGAAUUAUAUCUCAGUUUUUCAGAUUCCACCAUUGCCAGUUGAUUAAAGGUUUUACUGUGUGGGGUUGUUUUUGUUUUUGUUUUUGUUUUCAACAGAGUAUUACAGAGGAAUUACAGUUCCACCUUAAAAUCAUUCAGUACAACUUUCAGUUUGCAGUUCUGUGUCCUUCCAUAAUGGAUUUUGUCACUGGAGUUAUUUAUAUCGGUGAUUGAUUCAGGAUAUGUUGAUGAACCAUUUUAAAAACAAUGACUGGGAACAAUGUUGAAAAACAGUAUUGUUAUGAGGCUGUGAGACAAAAAAAAAAAAAAAAAAGCCAUUUUAUGUAACAGCCAAAUGUGCUUACAUGUAGUUCUUCCUAUUCUCAGCUGACUGUUACCAGUGGGUAUAAUGAGAAGGCAACGUUCCUAUGUUAGUGUGUUUUUUCAGUCAUGGAAUGAAAUUUUAUUCUGACAUGGCUAAAUUUCUUUGUAACAGCUAAGAAUAACAUUUAAUUAUACAUCAAAAAUAAAUGCAAAAUGCUUAAUUCAUUUGUAGGAAAAUAACUGCUAUUUUGGAGAGCCUAAUUACAUGAAAUAUUGGAUCUCUCUUACUGUUUAAGUACCAGGAAUAUAAUUGACACAGUGCAGCAAACAAACAGGAUGUUUAUUUUGAACCUUAUUCUCUAUGUUAAUCUUUUUUUUUCCUUGCCAUUAAUUUAUAAAGUUUUGAAACUGUAAUUUGCUGACGUAUUUGGCAUUGGGAGUAUCACAUGCUAUUUCUAAAUAUGCACUGAUAUUAACUUGAAAUAUUUCUUCAUUAAAAUAAGAAGAGCCAAUGCUCAUUCAACUUU